AUGUUUGUGAGUUGCGUGCUACCGGUUCAGUUUCAGAAGCUGCAGCAACUGCGCCUAACCCAGUACCACGGGGGAUCCCUGCCUAACGUGAGCCAGCUGCGGAACAGUACAUCUGAGUUCCAGCCGACAUUUCAUCCAGCUGAUAAUGUUCGCGGAACCCGCCACCAUGGGCUGGUGGAGAGGCCAGCCCGGAACCGCUUCCACCCCCUUCACCGAAGGUCUGGGGAGAAGCCAGGGAGACAAUUUGAUGGGAAUACUUUUGCAGCCAGUUAUCCUUCGCAGCCCCUGGAUGAGAGCUGGCCAAGGCAGCAGCCUCCUUGGAAAGAAGAAAAGCAUCCUGGAUUCAGGCUGACAUCUGCACUUAACAGGACCAAUUCUGAUUCUGCUCUUCACACGAGUGCUCUGAGCACCAAGCCCCAGGACCCCUAUGGAGGAGGCGGCCAGUCACCCUGGCCUGCCCCAUACAUGGGUUUCUGUGACGGAGAAAAUGACGGCCAUGGGGAAGUAGCAUCUUUUCCUGGGCCGUUGAAAGAAGAGAAUCUGUUAAAUGUUCCGAAGCCACUGCCUAAGCAGCUGUGGGAGACCAAGGAGAUCCAGUCUCUGUCUGGACGCCCGCGAUCCUGUGAUGUUGGGGGAGGCAAUGCUUUUCCACAUAACGGCCAAAACAUAGGCCUCUCUCCAUUCCUGGGGACCCUGAACACCGGAGGGUCAUUGCCCGACCUAACCAACCUCCACUACUCAGCACCCCUGCCAGCCUCCCUGGACACCAGCGACCACCUCUUUGGUAGCAUGAGUGUGGGGAACAGUGUGGGCAACCUUCCAGCUGCUAUGACUCACCUGGGCAUAAGGAACUCCUCCAGUCUGCAGAGCUCUCGAAGCAACCCUUCCAUCCAGGCCACACUCAGUAAGAUGACGCUGUCCUCGUCCCUCAAUAGCCACCCACAGACAUCUGCAGCCAGUGCCUCCGCUCUUCACCCCUCGCUCCGACUCUUCUCCCUCAGCAACCCCUCGCUUUCCACCACAAGCCUGAGUGGCCCCUCUCGGCGAAGGCAGCCGCCAGUCAGUCCUCUCACGCUCUCUCCUGGCCCGGACGCACAUCAGGGUUUCGGCAGACAGCUUUCUUCCACCAGCCCACUGAACCCCUAUCCUGCCUCCCAGAUGGUGUCCUCAGAGCAAAGCCUUUCCUUCCUGCCCACCGAAGCUCAAGCCCAAGUGUCCCCACCGCCCCCUUACCCCACACCCCAGGAGAUGCCGCAACCCCUCCUGCAGCAGCCCCAUGCCCAGGAGCCCCCUGCUCAUCAGCCCCAUGCAGCCCCCUCCCUGCCACAGUCAGAUUUCCAGCUCCUCACUGCCCAGGGCUCAUCUCUGACCAACUUCUUCCCAGAUGUGGGCUUUGACCAACAGCCCAUGAGACCCAGCCCUGCCUUUCCUCAGCAGGUGCCUUUGGUGCAGCAGAGCCACCGGGAACCACAGGACUCGUUUCCCUUGAGACCAAACCCGUAUUCCAACUGUGGAAACUUCCCAGACGCCAUCCUGACAGAAGAUCCAAGCACCAACCUGUUCAAAGGCCUUGGUGGGGGGCUGUCGGGCAUGCCUGAGGUCGGCCUGGACAUGGACACUCCGUUUCCAUUGGAAGAGGAGCUGCAGAUCGAACCCUUGAGCCUGGACGGACUCAACAUGUUAAGUGACUCCAGCAUGGGCCUGCUAGACCCCUCUGUGGAGGAGACAUUUCGAGCUGACCGGCUCUGAGCAGAAUACAGCGGAGCAGGGGAACUGAAAUGGCCAGAGCAGAGGGCAGAACGCAGCCAGCAAACACCCUGACAUCAGCCAUCAGCCUGCAGGGAGCCAUGCCAUCCCGGGCUCUCCCCUGAAGUCCUAGCUCAGAUGUCAUGGCUUUUCUAGGCUCAGCUGCAUCUGCCUCUCCGGCCUGUGACACCAGUUGUACUGCCACAGGCCAGCUGCUGUGGAGCUUCUGAUGGCUGAGACAGUCACUGUGCCACCCUUCACUCUUUGCUGGCCAUCCAGCCAGUGUGUAAACGUAGAAGGUGCUGUGUAACAGGUAGCCUCCAUAGUACCACCAGAGCUCCGACCCACACAUCCCAAUCAGCACCAGAGAUGGGACUCAGUGUAGCCAUCAGCUGGGGGCCACAGGCCCGCAGAGUUGGUUCAGCACCACACAACGGUACCGGAGCACCGCAAUGCCUUUCUGUCUGGCCGCCAAGGCCAGGCACCCUCCAGCUGGUGGAUAUUCUGGGCCUAGCCAUUGCUCUGCCAGAUGAUGUAAUGAAGAGGAAGAUGCUUACCCACCCAUCCCAGUGCAGGCUGUCGUUAGCAGGCUGAGCUCAGUUUGCUCCCUCCUAGUCUGGUACCUCUUUGCUGCUGCUUCUCUGUGCGUGGACAGGAGGAGAGGGAGACGCCUUUGCUCACUGAAAAGAGUUCCUGGAACCAGAAUGAGCCUAAAGAGGACAGUGCCCCUUUUAGUGGAUGGUGGGCUCGUCCCCAGCACAAGGUGUCCGCCAUCUUAGGCCGGCCACCCUACAGCCCCACUGGGCAGAGCUGCAGGGACUCCUGUCAGCGCGUAGCAGCUGAACGGCCCCUUCCCUCCCCAGCUGUCUCUGUGUAAUGCAGUCCCACUAGACUGUAAGCUCCGAGAGAGCAGGAGUUGUGCCUUGUUCCUUCCUGAACCCCCAGUGCCUGACAGGAAUGAGGGCUGUGUGACUGGGUGUGACACCCAGUCGUGUGACUGACUGGCUAUGCCGUGCACGCGGUAGGGCAGACUGACUGUAGCUAUCGCUAGUCCCUGCUUGAGCUCGGAGCUUCAGCCUUCUCUCACCGGUGCCUUCAGCUCCCACUCACCUGGAUAUGCCUUACCACAGUAGAUGACCAGCUGCGUCUGUAGGCGCAGCAGCCUUCCUCCUCGGGGUUACAUCCCCGCUAGGCGGGAAUCAUCCAGAACGGCUGGGCACACCAGAGCCCCAAAGUGUGGGACACCUGGGAUCUUCACUAGGCCCCCACUGGAGAACCUUUCUACUCAGACCCAUGCUUUUUGUUCUAAAUUACCUAAAAUAGAGGUGCAUACUUUGAGGUUAAGAAAUGAGUUUAUGGUAAAUGAGACCAGAUUCGUGGGACUCUCGUUAUGCAUUAACACCUUAUCGCCCAAUAGUCUGACCAGAUUCUACCACUACUGCCUCCUGGCCCUGAGUGGGGAAGUGGUGGUGCCCAUGUAGCCUUCAAGGGAGGAACCAGGCCUGAGGGGAGGGCAGGGGCGGGGCUAAAGGAGAGUCUUUGCUCAGACAGCUGCUACCCUCCCUGAAGGCGGGUGUGGCCCAGGCUCAUUGCCUUUCCACCCAGCCAACACAUCUGUGCCUGUGGCGAGCGGAGCCUGCGCACAGGACGCUGGCUCCACACCUCUCCAUAUCUCGUCAGCAUCUUCUCUUCUUAGGCCUUCUUCAUGAUCCUUCAAACAGCCCUGAUGGUGCCGUCCUCCACCUUCCUCUCGGACCCAAGCAUUGUGUGUUCCCACUUACCUCCAGCUCUGCUGUCUCCAUCCAGUUCCUCCCCCAGAAGAUGCCACUGGCCUCUGCUUGUGAGCCCUGUUCCCAGUGGAACUCUCAUACGCUUUAUGCCUGAGAUCAGAGAGGAGGAACCUUAAAGUGGAAGCUUUUCGCUCUUCAUGCUGCCCUGCACCCCACUGUG